CCGAGUACUUGUACGUAUUCUGGAGCCAUCCUCCCCCACAAAAUUUCCCCUUCCCACCAGACACCGUUCCCUAUCUUUGCCUCAGCGUAAUUCUCAGCACCAACCACAUUCCGACAAAUUACGCAUCAAAACUGAAAACUACUGGCAUCUCCACCACUACUCCAUCAAUCACUACCCACCAUGGUUUUAGGAGACCUCUUCAUCGGCAGACAUGAAUGGGAGAACGUCGACAAGAACUCCCUCCCAAAGGAUAUUCCAGAAGUAGACGAAGUCGGUGCCACUUCUGCUCCUUUGUUAUCAGCAGCUUACUACAUUGGAGACAAGUGUAAGCCAUACAAUGACGAUUUCAUGUUGUGCAAGGACGAGAAGAACGGAGGAACCUUAGACUGCUUGAAGGAAGGCCGUAGGGUCACCAGAUGUGCCAUUUCUGCUUUGCAAGACAUAAAUAAGCACUGCUUUGACGAAUUCAAAUUGCACUACGAAUGUUUGGAACAAGAAAACCACAGAUUGGGCCACUGCCGUAGCAGUGAAAGUAUAUUCAGAAAGUGUAUGUUCACCAACUUGAAGUUCGAAAAGAAGAUCCCAGGGGUCGAACAACAAAUCCAUUUGAAUGAAAACCCUAUAUUCCAAGGUACCAGUAAGGACAAGUCCAACGCCAAGCAGUUCUUGAAGGCCAGAGAAGCCAAGGAAUAAGGGCCCAACAGGUAGUAGAGUCACUAGUUGAUUCUCUCCAGCACAAACUUCCAUCUACAUAUAAAGAACAGACUUCGAGUCUCUGCAUUAGCACCCGUCGGGUACAAACGGUCCGUAUUGGGCCUCGGACAGCAUAAUCCGCUCUGUAUGUAUUUAAUACACCAUCAUCUAGAACAUGGCCAUUCCAGGCCAGGAAGUGGGUAGAAGUGUAGUGCAGAUUACGUAAUGAAUUAUUAAAUUCGUCAGAUAACAUAGUAAACCAAAUACAGCCGAAAAAUGGAC